AUGAUUGAUUUAAACCAGAUUAUAUUUAUUGAUUUAAACCAGAUUAUAUUUAGUAUAUUGUUUUGUAUGGUCUUCGCGUGUUUGGUUCUCACAGUCUUCUCAACCAUCAAGGAAUACGAAACAACCGCUUCAGCCAUACUAUUAAGAAUGGAGAUAGUUAUGGUUGUGUGGUUUGCAUUUGAAUUUUUCUUCCGGAUGUGGUCUGCGGGCUGUCGGUCACGAUAUCAGGGUUGGGUCGGACGUCUCAGGUUUCUUAGGAGUCCAUUUUGUGUCAUUGAUGUGAUCGUCAUAAUUGCAUCAGUGAUUGUGUUAUCGGUUGGCAGUUCGGGACAGGUAUUCGCCGCCUCAGCUCUUCGUGGGUUACGAUUCUUCCAAAUUCUACGAAUGGUUCGUAUGGAUAGAAGAGGAGGCACUUGGAAAUUGUUGGGUUCUGUUGUCUAUGCACACCGACAAGAAUUGAUUACUACAGUAUACAUAGGAUUCCUUGGAUUGAUUUUCUCAUCAUUUCUCGUAUAUCUCGUCGAGAAAGACGUCGAGGACACUAAGUUUGAGAGCUUUGCCGACGCUCUUUGGUGGGGAGUGAUCACUCUUUGCACCGUUGGAUACGGAGAUAUAUUCCCGAGUACUUGGACGGGGAAAAUAAUUGCCGCCUUCUGUGCUCUAUUGGGUAUCUCAUUCUUUGCCUUACCGGCGGGUAUUCUUGGAUCGGGAUUUGCACUGAAAGUACAGCAACAACAGCGCCAAAAGCAUAUGAUAAGACGUCGAGUACCGGCCGCCACAUUGAUUCAGAGUCUAUGGCGGUGUUAUGCGGCGGACGAGAACUCUAUGUCUGUGGCCACUUGGAAGAUACAUCAGGUGCCUCUUCCCAGUCCACCCGCGUAUUCGUAUUAUACGACUAUCGCUUUUCGACGAUCCGUCGGCACAAAUCGACUCAUUCGCCGCUCACUCGCAACCGUAAGCCCUGCAGCAGACGGCUGGUGGUGUCGGCUCUGCUACCGAGUGCUUAAGGGCCGUCAGAAUCACUUCUGUCACAGCGGUUUCUAUAGAGGCUACGAAGUUUUCGAGUCAUUCAAGAUUGUGUGA